GCUUCGGCCCUCCCCACCGUCCCCCAGAUGUAUUAUGCGGUUUCCCAGGCGCGCGUGAACGUGACCCCUGCGACCAUGCUGCGGCCACAGCGGCCGGGAGACGUGCAGCUCGGGGCCUCCCUGUAUGAGCUAGUGGGCUACCGGCAGCCGCCCUCCUCCUCCUCUUCCUCCACUUCCUCCUCCUCCUCCACGACGGCCGCCCUUCUCCCCAAGGCGGCGCGCGAGAAGACGGAGGCGCCCGCCGAGCCGCCGGGCACGGGAUCCGGGCCGGGCGCGCACGCGGGCGGCGGCUCCCGGGCAGACGCCAAGGAGGAGCAGCAACAGCAGCUGCGGCGCAAGAUCAACAGCCGAGAGCGGAAGCGCAUGCAGGACCUGAACCUGGCCAUGGACGCGCUGCGCGAGGUCAUCCUGCCCUACUCGGCGGCGCACUGCCAGGGUGCACCGGGCCGCAAGCUCUCCAAGAUCGCCACGCUGCUGCUCGCCCGCAACUACAUCCUGCUGCUGGGCAGUUCGCUGCAGGAGCUGCGCCGCGCGCUCGGCGAGGGCGCGGGGCCCGCUGCACCGCGCCUGCUGCUGGCCGGCCUGCCUCUGCUCGCCGCAGCGCCGGGCUCAGUGCUGCUGGCGCCCGGCGCCGUGGGGCCGCCCGACGCGCUGCGCCCGGCCAAGUACCUGUCGCUGGCGCUCGAUGAGCCGCCGUGCGGCCAGUUCGCGCUCCCCGGCGGCGGCCCGGGCGGCGGCGCGGGCAGCCCCGGCCUUUGCACCUGCGCCGUCUGCAAGUUCCCGCACCUCGUCCCGGCAGGCCUGGGCCUGGCCGCGGUGCAGGCGCAGUUCUCCAAGUGA